AAGUAAGGGUCCUUCAAUGCAACAUCUUGUCGCCAGAAUUUCGAGUUUGCUGCCACUUGUUACGGAAAAUUACCCGUCCAAUCUUAUCACAUGUAUCUACGUCUGGGAUUAACUAACUGGGAUUAAACCCACCCCGCACCUAUCAAAUGGAAUAGUCCACAGGUAAACUCCAAAUCGAGGAGCGCUAUCGCUAAGUGAGGAGGAGACCUCUGUGCUACCAGACAUUCAAGCGGCAACAUGGAUGCCUUAGCCAGAGCAAUACCUUGGAUUCUCCUGCUGUGGACAAGUGUUCUUCAACAAGCUGAAUGUGCGUACUACCAGAGCCGGCCUCAGUCUACUGCCGUGCUACAGGGAGAAACCAUCGUUCUCAGCUGCGCUUUCCGGGGCCUACAGAAGGAUGAAGCCGUGUUAUGGGAGGGUCCGCCCAACUACAGGAUCAUCUCUAACGGCAGGAGCGUCUCACGGGCCUUCAACAGACACAGGGUGGUGGGGAAACCGUCCCGCGGGGAGUUUAACCUGGAGAUACAGGACGUGCAGCGGGAGGAUACGGGAGGCUACCGCUGCUCAACUCUCUCAGUAGAGGCUGCUAGUGAUGCUGUUCUCACGGUGGUGGUUCCAAUGGAAGGUCCUCCAGACAUCACAGGGGCGGAGACUUCACUGGAAGCGGGUUCCGAGCUGUAUCUCCGCUGCAAGUCGCGAGGGGGCUUUCCUGCACCGAGGCUGGCGUGGUACAACGGGACUAGGCCAUUACCUACAUCGGAGUCAGAUGAAGAUAACGUCUCUGAGCAAAGAAUGAUUGAGAUGUUCAUUCCUAGAUUAACCAAGUGGGACAACGGGGCGAACCUGUCGUGUGUAGCGGACCAGGGAUAUCUGAAAAUCGUCAAACCAAGGACAACGUCAAGAAUUCUACGUGUGAAUUACCCGCCGACCAUCUCGGUGCCCUCCCCCUCUAUCCACGUGAAGGAGGGUCAGUCUGCCAACCUGACGUGUUAUGUAGACAGUAACCCACGGGCUGACAUGACCUGGACUAAGAUGGGCGGAGUAUUACCUACAGGAAGUAUUCAGAGAGAUAAGACUCUACAGAUACCAAGAGUGUCGAAACUGGACAGUGGAGUUUACCGAUGCGAAGCAGAAAACGGCAUGUCUCCAACGGCUACCGGUGCAGUCACUCUUGAAGUGUUUUAUCCUCCAAAAAUUGACUCCAGCAUGGACGCUAAGGUCACAGUCCUGUUCAAUCAAGACGACUUCUCUCUGAAGUGCCAGGCGGACGGAAACCCCAAACCGCACAUCCGCUGGCGGCGGAAGGAUACAGCUCUGCGGUGGGAAAACCCGCUCCGGUUCCACCGGAUACGGUAUGACGUAGAGGGGAUCUACCAGUGCAUCGCCACCAAUGACGGCGUGCAGUACGUGACACGUGACGUGGAAAUCGACGUAGUGGGGCAGCCCGACAUUCGGGGUGGCCAGAGUUUAGUCACCGUAAACAGUGGUGGCACUGCCCGGCUAUACUGCGAUAUUGUAGCUGACCCUGUGCCAGAAAAGGCCAAAUGGGUUUGGCGAAACAACCAGGAGGCUGAAACAAUUUUACUCCCCACAAAUAACGGAAUAAUGAUCACUGAACACACCACAGAGGAGGGGACAACAAGUAUCGUUACUGUGCAGGAGGUGAGAGAAGAAGAUGGAGGCGUGUACAUCUGUAAGGCUACAAACAUGUUUGGGAGUGACCAAAAGGAAAUACGUCUCAACGUCAAAGGUUCGCGGAGUUCCCUGGUGGCCAUCAUCUCCGUAUCUGUGGUAGUGAUAGUCCUGGCUGCAGCGGCACUGGUGGGCGUUCUGUUCGCCAAGAGGAGAGGGUGGAUAUUCAGGAACACUCCGCAAGGUAAUUCAGUACGGACCCCGUCCAGACCUAUGCCACCGUUACCUAAGCACGCCCGUAAGCCUGGACACGGCACGAACGACUCCGGUGUGGAGGACCUAGAACUGCAGGAGAUGGACGGUACACUCAAGCCUCGGCCACCUUCCAGAGUUGGCAAAGACUGGGCCGCUAUCGGCUUGACAUAUGGAGGCCUGGCGCACACCAACACACUCCCACCGUAAUCCACAGUAGAACGGCACCGCCCGGAAGGGGAGGAUGGUGGUGUGUACACUGCUAUUCGGGAGGAGACCUCCAAUACAGACACGGUGAUGGUCCAUGUUGAGCCACCUCCACAGCCGCCCUCAAAGGACCUGAAGAGUCGAUGGAAGGGUGGGAGAAACCAGGCUGGUGCGCAUGCGCGGGGCAGCACGGCAGACCACGAGGAAGAAAACGUGCUAAAUGAGAUACAAGCAGACAGCCUGUAGAUCUCCAUCUUUUAACCGACACCAACGCGUUGUGUUAACGUCGAGAUACAUACAUGUAUAGAGGGGCAUAUCAUCAUGGGUUGAACAUGCAAGCGCACGCUUCAAAUACACUAUCGCAUUACAUGUUAUGUAACAAAUUCUGAACAUUCAAGGACACUUAACACAUUUAUAUGCUUGAACAGACAAAAACAUCUCUGGCCGUGUACAACCAAGAAAUAUCUACGUGUUUGUUUGAUGAUAUGUGAUUUCGAUGUUUUGUGUAAUGGAAACGGUGUGAAGAAUAUCAAUUUUUAACUUGUAAAUAUACAUAUUGUGGUCGUAAAAUGUAUAUAUUUUGAUGUAGCUUUAACGACUAUCAGCACGAUGAAAUAUGUCAGCAAACUGUGCAACAUUGUCGAUGAAAUCUGUGUUUUUAAUGAACAUUAGAUAUGUUUAGAGUAAAGGAAUAUCACUGGAUAAUUUUUCGAAAGUAGAACUUUUACCGAUGACAACUUUUUGUUUGGAGCUGUCUCACUCAUUCUGAUUAGAUUAUAAUUUUAGUUAUAGACUGACCAAGUUAGACAACAUGUACAGGUCAUGUGAACGUAUCUACGAUGGAUCUUAAUUAUCUGUAAUUAUUGUGUCCUCUUGACAGCUAAACUAUGUGUUGAUAUCCAAAGUGAUUUGUAAGUUACAAAGCACAACAUUGUACAAGUAACCAAAGGAAAUGAUGGAGUACAUGUGAUGUACCUAAUAUUAUAUAUAUCAUGCAAUGAAACAGCAAAUACAAGUAAAUAACGCCUGAUGCAGUACCUCCGCAAAUCGUAUUUUGAGAUGCUUUCUUUGUCGACAUGCCAGGCGUGUUUAUAAAUAUGACGUUAACAUUGUUGCAGUGCAGUAGAGGUUUGUUUAAAGUUUAAAGACUGCACGAAACAAACGUCAGCAAGUUCGUAAAAUGUACUUGAUGCAAUAUGAAAUAUUUCAGCGUCUGUGUAUAUUUCUUUUGUCCGGCUGCUUUACCCAUGGUUGGUUAAUGGGGUCAAUGUCAAGCUUUUAUAUCAUUCAUCAGAAUAAAAGAAAUC